GUCCAUCUGGUUUUGGUCCAGCUGUCGGAUCAUUUUUCUCCCUUUAUGACGUUGGUGUACCGCUGGGUUCAGGAAAUUUUGGCACUGUGUAUGAGGGGACUCGAAGAUCUGACGACCAAAAGGUUGCCAUCAAAUUUGUAUCAAAGUCUGUGCAGGACCGCUUUAUUUAUAUUCCUGGGUGUACCAGACCUCUCCUGGUGGAAGUGGCUCUGAAUCUGGUGCUGCGAGAGCCUCCCAGAAGCCCUUACAUCCUCCAAAUGCACGACUGGUUUGUGCAGCAUUAUCGGUACAUCUUGAUUCUGGAAUAUCCACAUCCAUGUGAGACCUUGCUCAGCUUCGCUUUGCGCAACGGAGGUUACCUUGAAGAAAGCGUGGCACGCGGCUUAAUGCGCCAAGCGGUGCUCGCAGCCAAACACUGUCUCGACCGGGGUGUUUUUCACCGUGACAUCAAGUCAGACAACAUCCUGGUCAACACGGAGACGCUGCAACUCAAAUUAAUAGACUUUGGCUGCGGCAAACUUUUGGAAACUUCUGAAGAGCUCAAAGAGGGCCCAGCGGUCAGAGCUACGGUCAAGUCUUUGGGUGUUUUGCUGUUCAGGAUGGUGAAUGGAAUCAGCUUUGUCGAUUUGCAGAUGAUACCUUCCUCCACUUUAUCCAGUGAAUGCCGUGAUCUUUUGAGCCAGUGCAAGAGCAGCAGCCUGACUUUAGACAAGCUCCUAGAACACGAAUGGUUUAGGAAGAGCUGAAGGAGGGAAGAAAAUGUCGCUCGGGAGUCAGUGUUUUAUUAGACUAAUUUAUUGUGGGUGCAGAAAUUUCUGGCGCGAAUCGCGUGCGGGAGAAGCAAACGUCAUCAACACACGGAUCACUUCAUCCGGAGA